AUGGACGCAGUCGCGGUAGCAGAAAUCAAUCCUAACGACCAAGUAGCGCAGCAAGACGAUGGAGUUGCUGCUUCGAGUGGAGGGGUAGUGGUGGAGAACAGAUUCCAGAAAGCGAUUGCUGCAUGGCGAAUCAACCACCAGAAGGACGCAGUGCUUGAACGUAAAGAAGUGGCUCAGAAAACCAAGGACUUCCGCAAGCUCGACGAUGCUGGAAAGCUUACUGAAUACAAGACUCUUCUCAAGACUUAUCAGGGUUUUGUAGACCUACUCACCACUCACGGCAAAGAAUCGACUUCAGCUUUUCUACAGCUUUACACUACAAUCUCCGAAGCUCCUGACCCGUUUCCUUUACUCGAAGCCUCCGUCGAGGCCCUGGUAGUGUCCGAAGAUACCUUGCCUAGAUUGUCCUCCGAAAAUACAGAACUCAAGAAGCGGCUCGACAAACUGUCGCAGGAACUCGAAUCAGCUGAUGCUAAAUUACAAGCUGAGCGUCAAAGGCGACAGGAAGCAGAGAAUGGCUCUGCGCAGAAGGCCGAUGAGAUAGAGGCUUUGUGGAAGAAAGUCCUUGACGAAAAAGAGCACAACUGGGCCGCCAAAGAGCGAACGCUCGAGGAGAAGUUGGAGAAUCAAGACCGCUUGUUGAAAGAAACCAGAGCAAACUAUGAGGUGGCUCAAAGAUUGGGCAAGGAUGAACAGCAGAGUGCAGCUCAGAAGGCUGCUUCAGCCGAAAUGCAGCUACUUACAUCUGACCUGGAGAAGACAAGUGCCAGACUGGCCGAGACAGAGGCUCGCAACGAUCAAUUGAGGAUCGGGCUGGCACAAGCAACAUCUCGGGCUGCCCCUGUGGCGGACGAAGAUCCCCGCAUCCUUCGCCUACAAUCAGAGAAUUCAACCCUGCUCCGUCGCCUCGAUUCGAUACGAUUUGAGCGUGAAGCCGAGAAGAGGACAACCGAACAAAAGACCAAGCAUCUCGAACGUCAGCACAAAUCGGCUCAAGAAGAUUCCCAAGAUCUUCGUGAUAAACUACAGAAGUACUCCGACUAUGACGAGAUCAGGAGGGAGCUAGACAUGCUGAGAUCUAUAGAACUCUCCGUUGACGAUGACGCCGACGUUGACGAGGAUGGUACGGAUGCUGACGGGUCUGACAGCAAUAAAACUUCGCUCGAGCAACUACUGCUUGCUAGGAACAAAAAAUUAAGCAAUGAUCUGACUUUGCUUCGAGUCUCCCACAAAGAGCUGGUGGAGCAGCUGGACGAUCUAAACGCAGAGCUCUUGCGCACCAAGAAAGACCUCGAUCAGUCGCAAAAGCUGUCUGCUAGUCUCGAGAACGACUUGACACAGCUGCAAGAGGAGGCUGCUAAUGGUCUGCCCUCUUCAGGGAUGUCUGUAGCAGGCACAUACGUCUCUAGGUAUCCACAUUCGAGUCGACGAGGCAGAUCAUCACCUACAUCAUCCAUUAUAUCUGGCUUUGAUGGCACACAACGAGGCCUGUUUGGUGAUUCACACAGAUUGGGUGAGCCAUUAGGUGGCGGAUCUGGUAUACUUCCUAUGGUCCAGGCACAACGAGAUCGGUUCAAGCAGAAGACCCAACAACUAGAAGAAGAGUUGCAAAAGACAUAUGCCACCGUCACCUCUUUGCGCCAGGAAGUUUCCUCGUUGCAGAAAGAUAACCUGAACCUAUAUGAACGUACACGUUAUGUGUCAGCAUAUAGUAGAAGUGGAGCGACUACAUCCGCCCUGGGACAAAACCCUUCACACACCUCUCCUGAUGUCGCGGCUGACGACAGUGGCAGAUGGAAGGCUCAGUACGAAGCCAACAUAUCACCUUUUGCGGCCUUUCGUGGCCGCGAAGCCACAAGAGCUUACAAGCGCAUGAACAUGGCCGAGCGUAUAGUAUUCUCGCUGACCAGGAUCAUCCUCGCCACAAGAACAAGUCGCAACCUGUUCGCCGGCUACUGCGUGGCGUUGCACCUCCUGGUCUUCUUUAUGCUAUAUUGGAUGUCCGCUGUCGCAGUCGUAUCGAGUCAUCCUGGCCACGCGACCUCAGCCGGGAUGGUGGCCGGUGCCGCAGGUAUGAAGGACGCGUCAAAUUGGCAGCAGGAGGAUGUCGGUUGA